CAAAUAGAAAGCGCUAGAACGGCCCCGGCGUUUCGGCAGUGGUUACAAAAUUUAAGGCAAGUUAGGAAAGCUGUUCAUUUAACGUGACUUACCUAAUUAAAUCGAAGGGGUUCGUUAUAGACAGACAGUUGUAUUCAAAAGGAUUCGCCAUAACGUAUUCCUCGAUCGUAGACUUUAACAUCACAGAUUUAGUUCAAACCAUAUAACUACCACCAACACUGACGAAAUUUUUAACAAGACCGCUAAUUGUGAAGUACAAGAGCUAAAAUUGGCAACACAGCACAAAGCCCUGCUGCAUCAAGCUAUCUCGACUGGUCGUGAUUGGUCGGGGGUCGUACGUAAAUUUAAAAAAUAUCACGUUGGGAAUGGCAUUGGACUUUCUUGCAGGAUGUCUUGGAGGUGCUGCUGGUGUCAUAGUAGGACACCCCUUUGAUACUGUCAAGGUUAGACUCCAGGUCCAGUCUGUCAGCAAGCCCCUCUAUCGUGGGACGUUUCACUGCUUUCAGUCCAUUGUACGGCAGGAAUCUCUUUUGGGACUGUACAAGGGCAUUGGCUCCCCCAUGAUGGGUCUGACUUUCAUCAACGCCAUAGUCUUCGGUGUCCAGGGCAACGCCAUGCGGCGGCUGGGCAAGGACACGCCCCUGAACCAGUUCCUGGCGGGUGCGGCGGCGGGUGCCAUCCAGUGCGUCAUCUGCUGCCCCAUGGAGCUGGCCAAGACGCGCAUGCAGAUGCAGGGCACAGGCGAGAAGAAGUCCACGAGGAAGCUCUACAAGAACUCCCUGGACUGCCUGGUGCGCAUCUACAACAAAGAGGGCUUCAAGGGCAUCAACCGGGGCAUGGUCUCCACCUUGGUGCGCGAGACGCCCGGCUUCGGCGUCUACUUCAUGACCUACGACGUGCUGACGCGCUCGCUCGGGUGCGAGCCCGAAGACUCCUACAUGAUCCCCAAGCUGCUCUUCGCCGGCGGCAUGGCCGGCAUCGCUUCCUGGAUCUCCACCUACCCCAUGGACGUCAUCAAGUCCCGCCUCCAGGCCGACGGGGUGGGCGGGGUCAACCAGUACAGCGGCAUCACAGACUGCGUACGGCAGAGCUGGAAGCAAGAGGGCUGGCGGUUGUUAACCCGCGGCCUGACCUCCACCCUGCUGCGGGCCUUCCCUGUCAAUGCCACCACCUUCGCCACCGUGACUCUGUUCCUCAUGUACAUGCGGGGGAAUGAGGAGCCGAUGGAUUGUGAGCCUACCCCUCACGCCCUGCAGCCACAAAGCCAGACCUCCAGUUUGUGACUUUAGAUCUAGCUCCUCCUGCUGGGAGGAGGGCCUCAGUACAGCAGCUGAUAACUUCCAGCCCAAUAGCAUAUAUUUUUAUAUGAUAUAUGUGUAAAUAACAUAUCCUGACUUCUUUUUAUGUAAUGUCUUGUAUAAAGAAACUUUUUUAACUGACCUUUUUUUCCCUACUUUGCCUUAUCUGGUAAUUUCCUCAGAGAAAUGGAAAAGCAUCCCUACAAAUCUGAAAAAUGGAAGCACAGUGGUAGCAGAAGUCAGGACUCAGAUUGAGUCAUCUUACCCUCGUGGCUUACUUCAAGUUUAGAGCAGUUGUCCAGGAGAUGCUCAAGUACUGUGUCCUUCUCUGCAUGUCUCCAUUGCACUGAUAUUACUUGACAGUCCACAUCGUUGGCUAUAGCAGCAAAGUGUAUAGUAUGUAAACUUGUUGAGCGGUGUGUGGUGCCUGGUACACACUACACGAUUUUUGAAAAAUUACAGAAAAUUAAGGUGACAUAAGUGACGUCUGACCAGCAGCAGAAUCCUGUGUUUUUGCACUGUGUCAGUACCACAGAGGCAUCAGGCAUACAGUGCUGUCCACUAGUCAGUACCCAGAGGCAUGAAGCCAGAGGCAUACAGUGAUGCCCACUAGUCUCUAACACUGCCCAAUAAGGUUAUGCAUAAGUGUAGCAAUAGUGAAUAUAUACACUGGUAAGCGAGAAUACACAAAAGAAAAAACGCAACCAUCCUCCCUGCUCCAUUUCCCAUUUGGAUAGAACAUAAACUCAAAGCAUUCCACUAUAUAAUUUAGAGUCCCUUAGUUUAAGUAUCUCUUGUGGUGUGGCACACUUGCUUUGAUUUAACAUGUUGUUCUACAUAUGAAGAUAUGUAAAUGUAGAUGUUGAUAGAAAUGUUGAUGUUUGUCAGAAUAGAAAAAGAAAUAUAAACAUGAUAAAGUAUUUGCUUUUUAAAAAUGGAACCCAAUCAAGCCUCAGCUAUUACUAAGCAUGAUAUGUAAAGCCAACUGGCUCUAUAAAGCAGUUUGUCAUUGAAGAAACACUUGCACUAUUCAGUAUUUAUAUAUACACAAGUCGCUGUUAUUCAUUGAAAGUUUGUAAUUUAUUUGGCAUAAGACUUUAACACGGUUCAACAUCCACAAGCAGUUCAAAAGGUUGUCCAAAAGGUUUAAGUUUUAAACCACGGCAUGAUUUAAACAUGCACGUGCAGGGGUAAUAAAAGUAGCUAAUUCUGGGCCAAAGUCAUGCAGUGUGUACCAGGGUUAAGGGAUGUUGUUAAUGACUGCAAUGUGCGUUUCAUUCCUCUGUAUGGAUUUCAGUGCUUUUCACAAUGCAGUUGAACUGAUCUCUAAAGCUUCUCUGAUAAAAGCCUCACUUAUAGUUUUUCCACAUGCCCUUGGACUCUUAUGCAGUAUGCAGUAUGGAAGUGACAUACAAGUCUGAGCUCCCCUGUGUCUUCCGUGUUUUCUUUGGAGUUACUGAGCUGCAUAGGUACAGUGAUAGUCAUUAGAGGCGAGAGUAUUUUUCUUGCGAAACCUGCUAGAAAUCUUUUUCUGUGGGGAUUGACAUUCCAAAGUAGGGUGUGUCCUUGGAAGUUGACUACUGCUCUUAAGGGCUCCUCAAAGUCUUGCACUCUUCUCACCUGUCCAUUUUUGUGGUGAAUACUGUACUUUUGACCUGAGCAGCUGAUUUAAAAUUGACCAUGUGUUUGUUCUCCAGUGAAACUGUUUUUUUUUUUUGUGAGGAGCAUGAGAGUGUUGGUAAAAAACACUGAAUAGGUCAUCUGUUUUUUUUUUAAAUGUUACAACGGUAUAUUUAGAAUGAGGGUGAUGCAUGUGUAAUGCUUCUAGAAACCACUAUUUAUGAUGAUAUUGAAUGUUUGAAUUGUUUGCAUACUGUGAACUAACAGUAACUGAUUUUAUGAUUUUAUGUAUUGCACAUGCUGCCCAAGAGCUUUUUUUUCUUUUUAAAUAACUGCACGGAUAGAAAGGCAUUGGGUGUGUGUGUGUGUGCGUGUGCGUGUGUGUUGUUUACCACUAAAAAAACUGCAUCUGUCAUCCCUGGCUGACUUAUUGGAGGUUCCUUUUAGCCAAUUUGCACAUAAUUUAUCUGACCACUGUCUGAAGUUCUGACUAUCAAGCCAUUACUCACUACUUUAACAUUACUUAUGUUCAGCAGAACUGCUCCUUCAAGAAAAACGUAGAAGUGGAUCAGCUUGUGUGUGCUUUGUUGUAAAAAAGCCACAUUGAGUCUGUUUUUUCUUUUCGUUAUUAGUAAGGAAACCCAAGAGUGUGUCUCUGAGGUGUUUUUUGAUACUGGUAGGGGCAGUAAUUGUUUGAACCAAAUUUGUUACAUUUUGUUAGGGCUGAAAUAGUUUUAAAGGGCACAGUAUUUUCUUGUAUAAGUGGGAAAUGCUUUAUUUUGUAAGAUUAAGAGGGUAUGGAUCGGUCCGUCUACAUUAUUAAUGUUAGUACUGGGACACUUUUUCCGAUACCAAAGCAGUGUGUAACAAUGUAUGGGUGAAAGGUGAAUAAAGUGGUUCCCAACUGA